AUGGAUUCCUUCUUUCAUGUUCUCAAUGAGCUUCUUCUGGAUCCGGAUAGAAAGGAAAGAGAGUUAGCUUUUCUGGGCCUUCGAUCGAUUGAUCUCGUUCAUAAAUGGAACUCUCCGGGUUUGACAGCCGCGGAACUGUCUUGCAUUCAUACGUUGAUCUUGCAACGAUGUCACAAGCAGCCACAGGCGCAAGCAAUUAGCGCGUGGGAUGGCUCAUUGACAUAUGGAGAGUUAGACCGAUUAUCAAACGCUGCUGCCCAAGUGCUUGCAUCGCGAAACAUUGGGGCAGAGUGUGUUGUGCCCAUCUGCUUUGAGAAGUCCCUCUGGACGGCCGUCGCCAUUCUGGGAGUUCUAAGAGCUGGCGCGGCUUUCACUCUGCUUGAUCCAUCUUAUCCUUUGCCACGUCUGAGGAGCAUUUGUGAAGAUGUCAAACCCCAGCUAAUUCUGACCUCGCGUGCGCAGGUGCCGGUGGGCCAGCAGCUGAACGAGACUGUCCUUGUGCUUCCAGAGAUUGCGCAGGCCUCCACAUCCAACGAGGACUUGUGUCGGGUCGUAACGCCAGAGACCGCUGCCUAUGUGGCGUUCACUUCGGGCUCAACGGGCAAGCCGAAGGGUGUGGUCAUUGAGCACAGAUCCUUUUGUGCCAGCGCUCGUCACAAUGCGCCUGCUCAGCAAUUACAAGCCUCCUCUCGGGUCCUUCAAUAUGCAUCCUACGGGUUCGACAUCAGUAUUCAGGAGAUUUUGUCAACAUUAAUUGUUGGGGGCUGCAUAUGCGUCCCAUCAGAGGAACAACGAUUGCAAAGCCUGGGGGCUACAAUCCGGGAAUUGGAGGUGAAUUGGGUGGAGUUAACGCCUACCGUGGCGCGAAUGUUGCAACCCGACCAGAUCCCCCUGGUUCAGACUGUGGUACUUGGAGGAGAGCCUAUUCUGCCUUCUGACUUGGCUACGUGGAGUCAAGCCAAGCAGCAGCUCAUGGUAGCUUACGGACCGACAGAAUGCAGUAUCGUCGCCACGGUUUGCACAGCCCCAGAUGUCGACGACCCUCUGAAUAUUGGAAAUUCUAUCAGUGGCACAUGCUGGGUGGUCGACCCGCAGGAUCAUCAUCAAUUACUUCCGCUGGGGGCCAUGGGGGAACUUAUCAUCGGAGGUCCCAUUGUGGGCAGGGGUUACAUGAACCGCCCGACAGAUAAAAACUUCUUCAGAGCUCCCCAAUGGGCGGGUCAAUUUGGGCUUGAUCCCAAUCAACGCUUCUAUCGGACUGGAGAUCUCGUACGAUACAACGUGAAUGAUGGUACACUGCGGUAUGGUGGGCGAAAGGAUACUCAAGUCAAGAUUCAAGGACAGCGGGUGGAGCUGCAUGAGAUCGAGCAUUGCGCCGAGUUGUUUGAAUUUGGAAUGAGGGCUGUGGCAGAGAUAUUAACCCCUACCCUCGGUCCUCCUCGUCUAGCUUUAUUUGUGGUGGAGAAGACUAUCGACACUUGCCGUGUGGCAUCGUUUGCUCGACUUCAUGAAUGGCUCGCCAGUCGUCUCGCGCGGUUCAUGGUACCUUCUCUGUACAUUCCACUAACCCAUCUUCCGAUCUCGCCCACGGGGAAGGUCGAUCGCAAGCGACUCCGGCAUCUCGCUGCCGAGAUGCCCGGUGAAAAGUUAGUAUCUUAUGUUGCGUCUGUCUCGGUGAAUGAGGUGGAGAUGAACGCGAUGGAGCGGACGAUCCACCAGCUCGUAGUAGAUCAACUCCAGAUUCCAGCUGGUAGCGUCCAUCUCUCCGACAGCUUCUUCAAGCUGGGUGGUACAUCCCUCAUGGCCAUCAACCUUGUGACCAAACUUCGAGAUCAGGGCUGGGAGCUUUCCAUGGUGGAUGUUUUCACCCACCAGACAAUUUCGGCUCUUGCAAAACUCGCUCUUCCUGUUCAGUCUCCGUCAAUAGUUCCCGCAUUCAGUCUCAUGGAACAAACACAUAGACCAUUGGCCCUGCGAAAAGCCGCUGAGCAGUGCCAGCUGAGCCAGGAAAUGAUUAUUGACAUGUAUCCAUGCACCGCCCUACAAGAAGCACUGAUGCUUCUGACUGCUGAACGAGGAGUUGACUUUACAGCAACCUUUAUUUUCCGCCUCGAUCCCCGGGUGGACGUCGGUCUCUUCAGGCAGUGCUGGGAAAAGAUUCUCGCUGCAAGACCUAUUCUUCGCUCGCGCAUCGUCAGCGAUUACGGUGAAGGCCUGUAUCAACUCGUCGUGCAGGAUGUUCUGGACUGGAUAACUGCGAGCGAUCUGGAGCAGGUGCAGGAAACAAUUGACGCGUAUAGUCUAUCCUUUGGACGGCCACUGACACGAUUUGGAAUUGCUGAUCGGGGCUCAGACGGGCUGGGGCCUGUGUUUGUGCUUCGCAUGCAUCAUGCGGUCUUUGAUGGCUGGUCGUACCGAUGUCUUCUCGAAGAUCUGGAACAACUCUACCACGGCCAGCCUUUGGUAUCCCGAGAAUCAAUGACUAGGCUGCUGCAACACAACCUGCAGCUCGAUCAUGACGCAUCUAGAAACUUUUGGAGUGGUUCAUUUCAAGGUUUUCAUGGACAAAUCUAUCCGCCUCCGCCACCGGGCUGGGUGACGCCGUUAAGGACCACCGUCAAGCGACGUCAGAUAUCUGUUCCAACAGCACCACUUAACGCAGGCUAUACAAUGGCUACUGUCAUACAGCUCGCCUGGUCAAUUCUUAUAGCCGGUCGGACUGGUUCCGAUGAUGUGGCUUUUGGCACGACUGUGUCUGGGCGUAACUCGCCAGUGCCCGGGAUUGCGAACUUGAUGGGCCCAACCAUUGCCACAUUCCCAGUGCGUGUCGCACUGGAUAGAAAUGCUACCAUUGAAACAAGCCUUGAGCGAAUUCAGUCCUGGUUCUCUAGUGCCAUUCCUUUUGAACAGACUGGCCUGGCCCAGAUCUCAAAAUGUAGCCCCGAGGCUGCACAAGCCUGCCAAUUCCAGACUCUUCUCACCAUCCAGCCACGUUCUUUGGCAAAAGACUCACCCUUCAUGACGGACAUGCCGCAGAAUCAGCUCCAGCAGCAGAAGUUCCUGUCCCACAUUCUCACCAUAGUCGUGGAUUUGCAGGAAAACGGCAUGCAUGUGGAGGCAAUCUUUGAUGCAGACACCUUGUAUCCUCAGCAUGUGGUCCACAUGUUGAAACAGUUUGAAGGUACCGUGCACAGAAUUUUGCAGCACCCCAGGGAAACUCUCGACACGAUCCGAGGCUACGGUGACUGCGAUCGAGAGCAGAUUGGAGUGUGGAAUCCGACACCACAGACAUUCCACGCGGCCACAGUACAUGGGGUCAUUCAGAAUCACCUAAUUUCUCAACCCGAUGCACCGGCGGUUUCGAGUUGGGACGGUAUUUUCAGCUAUCGCGAGCUUAUUGAAUGUGCGCGCCAAUGGGCGGGAUACCUUCAGCUGAAUGAAGUCAGCCCAGGCAGCGUUGUUGCUGUGUGCAUGGAGCGAUCCAAGUGGCAGAUUGUGGCAAUUCUCGGUGUGCUAAUGGCAGACUCAGCUUUUGUUCUGCUUGAGCCGGGCUUUCCUCGCGAUCGUCUCCGCGAGAUGUGCCAGGUUAGCAACGCGGCGGCAGUCAUCGUAUCCCACACCACAGAAGCCAAGAUUCGCGGUCUAGGCGUGUCGAGUGAGAUCGUCCUUGAUGUCGAUAGAUGGCUUGCAGUGCGACAAACUGAUCAGUCACUCUUGGUGCCACCAGUAGCAAAUGCGAAUGCGCAUACUCCGAUGUAUGUUGCCUUCACCUCGGGGUCGACGGGCGUGCCCAAGUGCAUGGUCAUCGAGCAUGCCAUGUGCCACAUCUCUGCGCAGGCGUAUCAAGCAAGCUUUGGACUGCACAAUACCAGUCGAGUUCUCUACAACUCAUCAGUCGCCUUCGACCUUGCCAUUCUGGAAAUCAUGUGGACCCUCUUGGCGGGGGCUUGUAUCUGCAUUCCUUCCGAGGAGGAUCGCCUCAGCGAUUUGCCAAAGGCGAUGCGAGACCUGCAAAUCAACUGGGCUUCUUUGACCCCGUCUGUGGCACGGACACUAUCACCGGCUGAGCUUCCUCCUUUGGAGGUGUUUCUUCUGGUUGGAGAAGCUGUGUCCACUGCUGAUAUCGACAAAUGGGCAGGCCAAGUACCCUUGAAGGUGGGAUAUGGGCCAGCAGAAUGCGCAGUUGCUAGCACAAUGCGCGACCUCUCACCCUCUACUCGCAGUGAACCCAGCAAUGUUGGGCGCUCCUUGAAUGGUCGGACUUGGGUCGUGGAUCCUGACAACUACAAUUGUCUUCUACCCGUCGGCGCCAUUGGGGAAUUGCUUCUCUCAGGGCCGAUGGUGGCCCGCGGCUAUGUCAACAAUUCAUUGCAAACCCACGCCUCGUUCGUACGCUGCCCAGUCUGGGCAAGAGACUUUGAUUUACCUCCAGAGGAGAGAUUCUAUCGGACCGGAGACUUGGUCCGUUACAGCUCGGAUGGCACACUGGUCUUCCUAGGCCGGAAGGACACGCAGGUGAAAGUGCAUGGUCAACGAAUCGAACUGCAGGAGAUUGAGCAUCAAGUCACACGGCUGAUUCCAGAUAUGAUGGCGGUCGCGAGCCUAGUUAGCUUUGAGGCUCUGGGUCAGUCCAAGCUCGUCUUAUUCAUUGCCCCAAAAAUUGUCGGUCAGAUUCAGCCCGACCUGUUCGAUAUUGUCGAUGAUCAGAAUCAACCAUCGCCCGAGAAUCUACUAGAGUCCCUGCGCGCAGCUCUGCCGCCGUAUAUGGUUCCCUCCAUUGUUAUACCAACUGCCUGGCUUCCCUUGACGUCAUCUGGCAAGACAGAUCGGAAGCUGCUGCAACAAAUGGCCUCGAAGCUCCCUGCUGAGCGACUGGUGCGUGGAGUAAGCUGCAAGCGCACCCUGCGGCGGCCUGAGACUCACACGCAGAGUCUUAUCUGCCGGAUCUUUGCUGAUGCACUCAAGAUUCCCGAGCACAAUGUCGGGAUUGACGACAGCUUCUUUGGUAUGGGUGGGGACUCUCUGCUCGCGAUGCGCGUUCUCGCAUCGUGCCGCAAAAGGAAUCUAAGGUUUACCAUAACCGACCUGCUGGAGCAAAAGUCGAUAAGGGUUCUGGCCGAGGAAGUGGAUGCCCGGCGGCGUGAUGUUCGACCCCAUAUCCAGAACGGUAGGGAUGGGGGCACUGGCAACAUCACACUAUGCAAAGAGAGCUUUUGCAAGAUCAAAGAGCGGCUGCAGCAUGCACAACGGGCAAUGUCGCCCAUUCACCUUGCGCUUCUUGACGAGGUUUUCGAGUGCCCCGCACCACAUGUUGGGAUCAUCGCCGAUCAAUUUGUUAACCCGGGCACGCAUAAACAACGGUCCCUCUGGGAAAUCCAGUCUUCGCAGUGCCUUGGGGCGGCUGACGUUGCCUAUACAUUGGAACAAAUUAUCCAACGUCAUGACAUGCUCCGCAGUGUUCUGGUACCGUGGUCGGACCCUAUGCGGCCCACUCAGGCUGUGCUGAAAUCUGCUCACGGAGCUAUUAAGGUCCUGAAGAAUCCAAUCAUCCAAUCCACGGCGGACCUCUGGAAGGUCAAACCUGCUAGGUGCUUAGAAGGAGCGAUGCCGCAUCAUUCAACUUUGGCCGAGGGGCCAGACGGACAGGUAUGGUGGCUGUUUGAGUUUGACAAAGCUCUGAUCGAUGCUGCAUCGAUGACUAUCCUUCUGAGUGAGAUGUCGGCCCUCUGUCUCAGCCGGGGGGCCGGACUGGCCCCGGCACCCCGGUAUACCCAGUACGCUGCCUACGUGAACGAUUUACCAUCUGCCAAAGAUGACCGUCUAUUCUGGAAACAUGCCCUUUUGAACACUACGGCGUGUCUUUUCCCGAAAUCGAGCGGCCUCGAGUUAGCAUGUUCCUCGGUCGGCAGUGCUCCGCAAGUCCGAACUGUAGUCCAGCAGAUUGCCCAAACAGAAUCACUGACUGGGCUCUCGCAGGCCGCGGGGAUGACCGUCACCAAUGUAUUCCAGACCAUCUGGGGUCUAAUUUUGGGUCGCACUCUCAGCUCCGAAGACGUCUGCUUCGGAACGCUGAAAUCCUGUCGCGAUGCAGCUGUCCCGGAGAUCUUGCAGAUGGUUGGUCCACUCUUCAACAUUCUUCCAUGUCGUCUGCACUUCCCAUCUCUCCAACCCACCCCGGAUCAACUACUCGAAAUGCUUCGCACCAACCAAGCCGCCCAGAUUGAGCGCACUCGCCAUCAGCACGUCUCGUUGCAGCACAUCGUACAGAUCACCGGGCAUGAUCGGCUGUUCAAUACGUGCCUGACGGUACAACCUGCCAUGGAGCCUACUUCUGGCCCGGAUGACAAUGAGGAUGGCAGCCCAUCAGCUGUGAAAUUCAAGCUACUGCAAAGCUAUGAUCCCACCGAGUAUCAUGUUGUGGCAGCCGUGAUUCUAUUUCCCUCUCACGCGGAGCUCCACAUCCGCUAUUGGGAUGACUUCCUAUCGGAAUCUGACGCCCAGGGUCUGCUGGACAGUUUCGGCAGUAUUGCAACGCAGGUGACUACCGUGCUUGCAUCUGCCUGCGCCUCACCUUAAGCGACGAUGAGGAGGAUUUGUGGCUUCAGCCUCGCCGGAGGUUGAACUCA